CCCGAAGGCUGCGCUUGGAAGAGGAGCCCCUCUGCCGGAGACGCCUGCGAGGCACCGCCGAGCACGUCGAACAAUAAGAUCCAGCGGCCGAGCACGCUCGCGCACGUGACCCUGCCGCCGGCAGCCGCUUCGAUGCAGCGAUCGCCCAAGGUCAACGCUGCGCCACAUCGCUCGCCACGGCAGGCGCAGGGGUUCAAGUCGCAGACCGUCGACCGGGAAAGCAUCAGGCUGAUGAUGGACGACGUGCUACAGAAGCACACGAAGCAGAUCCUGCAGGCCAUCGACAAGCACGCGUCCACGUUCUUGGACAGCACGGGCGACUUGGAGAUGUUCGAUAAUUCGCUGGACGCGUCCGUGGCCUUCGUGGACCCGGCGGACGGCCCCCGCCCUUGCAGCCGGUUGGCGCCGCCCCUCCUGCAGGACC